AAGCCGGCCCUCGGUGGCGUCUCCUGUGUGGAGUCCUCUGACAGCCGGCACUCGGUCCACGUCUCCUGUGUGUGGAGUCCUCUGACAGCCGGCACUCGAAGAUACCACAUCCACCGCCACCCCCUUCCACCUGUGUCCACCUAUGCCAUGUCCACCGUCACCCCCCCCUCUGUCCAAGUAAUACGACGUCCACAGCCACCCCUCUGUCCAAGUAUACCACGUCCACCGCCACCCCUCUGUCCACCUAUGCCAUGUCCACCGUCACCCCCUCUGUCCAAGUAUACGACGUCCACAGCCACCCCUCUGUCCAAAUAUACGACGUCCACAGCCACCCCUCUGUCCAAGUAUACCACAUCCACCGCCACCCCACCUCUGUCCAAGUAUACCACAUCCACCGCCACCCCUCUGUCCACCUAUGCCAUGUCCACCGUCACCCCUCUGUCCAAGUAUAUACGACGUCCACAGCCACCCCUCUGUCCAAGUAUACCAUAUCCACCGCCACCCCUCUGUUUUAAG